AUGCCACCAUCGGCGUCGUCGCUGACCUCGCAUGACGACGAGGUAGACUUUUCGCCACACUCCCAGAGCAUCCCGAAUGGCGGCCUUAAGGCUUGGUCGCAGGUGUUUGCCGCCUUCCUCAUCUACUUCAAUAUAUGGGGGUUUACCAAUACAUUUGGCGCCUACCAAACGUACUAUGAGCAAAUCUGGCCGGACAAGUCGUCCUCGACCAUUGCGUGGAUCGGAUCGAUCCAGACGUUUCUGCUCUACUCGCUCGGGAUGAUCACCGGCCCGAUCUUCGACAUGGGCUACUAUCGGUACCUCGAAGCUGGCGGGUUUGUCCUGCUCAUCGUGGGGAUCAUGAUGACGAGCUUGUGCACCGAGUACUGGCAGGCGAUGCUGGCGCAGGGCCUGUGUGUCGGUCUCGGGACAGGCAUGCUGUACAUCCCAUGCGCGACCAUCCCAGCGACGUACUUUACCACCAAGCGGCCGUUCACGGCCGGCCUCGCGUCGAUGGGCAGCAGUAUCGGCGCGACGAUCUACUCGAUCGUUUUUCACAAGUUGGAGCCGCGUGUCGGCUUCAAAAUGGCGACGCAGGCGAUCGGAUACAUUGCGCUGGGCACAUUGGCCAUAGCCCUUGCGAUCUUGCAUGCGCGUGUGAAAAGCACAACGCCGCGCAGUCUCAAAACAUUUAUGGCGUUCACCGAGCCGCCGUUUGCCGUGUACGCCUGGUCCAUUUUCUUCUUCUUCAUGGGCAUGUAUAUACCCUUUUUCUACAUCUCGUCGUACGCCAUUGAAAAGGUCAAGCUGAAUGCCGAGAUGGGCUUCUACAUGAUCACGAUCCUCAAUGCAGGGAGUGUCCUGGGCCGCGUGAUUCCCAACUACAUUGCGAGCCACAUUGGCACGUUCAACGUGACAAUUCCCUCGGCCCUCGUUGCGAUGAUCCUCGCGUUCGUGUGGCUAGCCAUCGACAAUCUAGGCGGCUUGAUCGUAUUUGGUAUCCUCUUUGGCAUGACUUCCGGGACGUACGUGUCCAUGAUGUCAGCGACCGUCGCAUCGAUUAGCGACGAUAUCCGCCUGCUAGGCGGCCGCAUCGGCCUGAUUUUCUUGUCGGGCGGAAUCGGUGUACUGAUCGGCAAUCCCAUCGCGGGUGUCCUGAUUGACAGGCAAGACGGCAGCUACUGGAAAAUGCAGCUGUUCUGUGCCAUCUUGUUGGUAGUCGCGACGUGCCUCGCUUUCGUGGCCAGGUGGCUCCUGGUCAAGAAUACGCUGUGGGUACGUGUGUAA